CUUCCACAGCUCUUCUUUCCUUCCUUCUGCUUCUUAAGGUCUUCUCCUUGACCAACCAGAUCUCACCCCAUCGCAUCAAGAUGAGCUACUGCCAAUCUGUGUGUGAUGUACCUUGUGGCGUCAGCUACGGCUACGGUGGUGUCGGCUCUUGUGGAGUAGUCCCAGUAUAUGGUGGUGGUGCCCUUUCUGGAGGAUGGGGUGCUGGUGGUGCCCUCUCCAGAGCUGGAGGUUGGCUUGGCCAAGGCCCAGUGGCUUGCAGCGGCCAACUUGCAGGGUCCGAGGUUGUGAUCCAGCCCCCUGCAUCUGUGGUGUCCAUUCCAGGGCCAGUUAUAUCCACGGGUGACCCAGCUGUUGUCUCGGCAUACAGUCCCUGUACCGGAUAUGGCUAUCCAGCCCUGGGCUCUGGUGGUGGAUUUUCUAGUGGAUCUUCCUCUGGAGGAUAUGGCCGGUUAGGAUACAGUGGAAGAUAUGGUGGUGGAUACGGCGGAGGAUAUGGUAGCGGAUACUGUGGAGGAUAUGGUAGCGGAUAUGGAGGAUAUGGUCGCUGGAGAAGAUAUUCCCAGAAAUGCAUCCCGUUUUACCGUUCUGGCAGCUGUGGACCUUGCUAAACAAUAAAGAACCCCUGGAAGGAAUGACAUGGCUAUGAAGAUCUAGGACUUGGAGGAUGCCGUACUUUGCUAGCUUUCAGAAAUGCAGAGCAGCCAUGUUUUCAGCUCUAACUAUGGUCAGAAAUAUGGGUGCUACUUGUAUAUCAUAACUGGUUACUUUCCCAUUUUCCUCUUGUAUAUUCUCUUCUUUCUUUCAGUGUUGAUUAUUAUAGGUCACCACUGUCUUUCCACACUUCUUUUAAAGCCACCUUCUUGAGUAGAUUUGAAAAAGUCUCCAGCUGUUCUUUUGAUGGAUGGAUUUUGCCUUAGCAAUUCAUUGUCAACUCUUGGUUUUGUAAAUUCUCCUGUUCCUCUUGCCUACCUUCAUUCUCAAUAAAGCUCAAUGUUGCAUCAA